AUGGCCAUUGCGCAAGACCGAGCUUGUUGGGAGAAUUUGAUAUCCACAGCACGACCACACUUUAAGGAUGCCAUGGCGUCGUAUUGUGCGGAGAUCGGGGGCAAAGCUGACGAUCCAUCACCGGACAGCUUAGCUCGUCAUAAGUAUGAAAAUUUCCGGGACAUCUUUGAAGCGCGGCUCUCGUACCCUUCUCGCGCUUCUCUGUGCCAACGAAGGAAUGGAGAAACUGAGGCGCCACACUCCAACUGGCCCAUCCGUGAUGCUGCUGUCCAACCUUCAUGUGUGGGCGCGCUUGGCACAGGCUUUCACGCCUGUGAUCUUCAACUCAUGAAACCCGUGUGGCGUCAAGAGGGGACUGUUCUGGAUAACAGAACAAAUCCGAUUUUAAAGUCCUUGCAUCCAGCGGUUCAGCGGCUUUCGAGGUUAAAGCAGGCUGAGAGUUCCUGGUGA